GUGCUAAAUAUUUCCUAAGCAGGGGAUCAGAGAAGAGGAGCAGAGAAGCUUGUGCUAGUUUUAACUGGUUUCUUUACUUGCUUGCUUGAGGGCUGAACAGUACACUUGCUUGUACGUUGGGCAGCACACCAUCAUCAGUCUAUACACAUGCACUGGCUUUCUAUUUAUAGGCUUGAUAAACCGACAUGUAGGAAGCUUCAGGACCUAGCUAGAGACUUGUAGUACUACUACAUUGUCAAACUUCACUGGUACUAGUACUACUGUAAAAUCACAUCAUGCAUGUCUACACACUACACUGUUCUAGAAAAUUUACAGAGCAAGGACUUCAACCUUGACUUUAGUUUCACGAGUAGUAGAGAGGGUUAGAGAGUAGGCUGGUAUGUUCUAGAAAUAAAUUAACUCCAACACAUCGAGCACCACACCGGAGCGCUGUUGCCGUUGUCCAUCGUCGCCGCCGCCCUCUCAUUCUAUCCAGACGUCGACGGACGAUGCGUCUUCGCCGGAAUCAUCAACGUCGGUCCCGUCCCACAAGGCCGGCCAAUGAUUGCGUUCUGGCGCAUCUUCGAUCCGGUGGUCCCUGGCUUGUUCAGCGGCCCACUGAACCCGCGCAGGGAAUGGGAUGCGGUGGACGUCGUGCACCACCAUGGAGCCUUCCAUUUCCUCACCCAAGGGGAGCACAUCAUUGUGGCCAAACCGGAGUUCCACUAUUGGUGUCCGGUCCCGGCUAUGCCUCAAGUCGACUGGGAGUUUCGCUGCUUCCCAUCGAACAGGCGCGGCUACAACCAGCAGCACGUCAAGGCGCGCUACCUAGUGAAGUCCCGCGAAGACCUGCUCAUGGUCGUGAGGUGCUCCCCUCAUCCUGGACAGCCGACGUCGGCGUUCAAGGUGUUCCGGAUGGUGCCAAGCCAGCGGGCUCGGUGUCGGCAGUACAUUUGGCAGAGGGUGCCCUCACUGGGUGGCCGGAUGCUGUUCGUCGGGCGUGGCUGCUCUAGAUCCUACGAGGCGGAUCACUACCCCGCCGGCAUCGCGGGCGGCAUCUACUUCUUCGAUGAUGGGUUCAUCCAGGACCCGGUGAUGCUGCAGCAACCGCAGUACAGCUGCAGCGACUGCGGGAAAUGGACGGAAUCACCUGGCCCCAUGGUGGAGCGCUGCUUCCCGGCACAAGGCGCAUCGAACUACUCCCCCCAAGGUUGGCGUCUCCCUUGAGAGUUGAGACGGAGAAGACGGCAAGGUUCGGAAACAUUGCUCUAUCAAAAGAGGAAGUUAUUUUGUGAUCUUAGCUAACAUGUGCUUCCUCUGCAUUGUGUUCGUUUCCCCCUCUUGCUGUGUGUGGUAUUGUAGUGCUGAGAUAAUAUCAAUCCAAGUUACACCAUUUGAUACCUUUCUGUUUCCCUUUGGAUGAUUCGAGACUUGAAGUAGUUUA